CAGAAUGCACCGGGUAGGACCGGCCUCUCCACUGCCAUGUCCCCGCCUCUCAGCUGUGCGGCUAGGUAAACAAACAGGAGAGAGGAGGAGAGGAGGAGAGCAGCAGCAGCAGCAGCAGCAGGAGGCACUUUGCUCGCUCUGGGCUCCCUCGGGGGAUUUUUAUAUUGUUUCUAACGUUUUUUGUAAGCAUUUAAAAUCGUGUUUCCUAGGAACUUUUAAUACUUGUAUACUUGAUAUUUUCUUAUGACAAAAACCUGGCAAGGAUCGGCUGUAGCUUGCCAGCUUGGGAACACUGGAAUUCUCCCCUCCUCUCCCUUCGACAAAGGCUGCAGAUGAGCAACCGAAGACCAACAUAACAACGCGACGUUUUGAAGUGUCACGCGGGGGCCGUAAAAAACCGAUGCGCUCUCUGACCUGCGUAUUUGCAAACAAAAACGAUUUUUGUUGCCAAGCUAACGUUAGCCUGAAGAGAGCCUAGCCGACGCCAACGGCCGCCCGCCCGCGGAAAGAAUGACGGCCGUUCAGCUAAUAAACGUCCAGCGGUUGUUGGAAGCUGCGGAGUAUCUAGAGAGGAGAGAAAGAGAGUGCGAGCACGGGUACGCUUCAACGUUGCCUUCAAGUCCGAGCACAAACUACCAGAGGCAAAGGAAGUUCCGAAAUAAGAAGUGUAGCAGUAACCACAAUAGGUCCACACACAACGAGCUGGAGAAGAACCGACGAGCUCACCUGCGGCUCUGUCUGGAGAGGUUGAAGGCCCUCAUACCCCUGGGACCCGACUGCAACCGCCACACCACCCUGGGCCUGCUCAACAAAGCCAAAGCACAUAUAAAGAAACUUGAAGAGGCGGACAGGAAGAGCCAGUACCAGCUGGAUUCUUUGGAGCGGGAGCAGAGGCACCUCCACCGCCAGCUGGAGCUGCUGAGGGGAGGCAGCGGUGCUGUAGCCCAAGGCAGCCCGGGGGAGGGGGAGAGGAUCCGCAUGGACAGCGUGGGCUCCACCCUCUGCUCCGACCGCUCCGACUCUGACCAAGAGGAGAUCGAGGUGGACGUGGAAAGCACGGAGUUCUCCCAUGGAGAGCUGGACAGUGUGAGCACAGCCAGCACCAGCGACCUGGACGACCACAGCAGCCUGCAGAGCAUGGGCAGCGACGAGGGCUACUCCUCCUGCAGUGUCAAACUUGCCUUCUCCUCCUAAAGCCCCACCCCCACGCCCCCCGCCGCCGCCGCCAAACCUCUCCCGUCCUCCCAUCCGUUGGUCCAUCCAGCCAAUGCCUACGCCCCCACACGCCCAGUCGCUCCCAAGCUAACAGCAUUCCUGUCGGUCCUGCCUCUGAGCACCCCCCGCCCUUCCCCCAGACCCCCCCCCCCCCCUCUCUCUCUCUCUCCUCCAGCUCCAACCGUUUAGUUCCCGUCCUCUCCUCCUGAUCCGUUGGAGGAGCUCUGACCGACAGCAGGAACCCAAACGCAGCGACGGGAAAACUGCCGGUUGGUUUUAAUCUUUCAGUCAAAGGAAGAUCAGAGACUUGGUUCAAAUGACAAAAUGAAAGGAAAAACAUAUCCUCUUGAUUUUAAAACCCACACGAUGAAAUUAAUCAUUUUUACUUCUUUUAUUUUCUCAACUUGUCAUAUGUCUGACAUUUUGAAAGAGGCACAACCCCUGAUUUGAUUCAAAAUGCACUUAAAUUCACACGAUGUUGAAAUAAUUCAGUUUCUUUUUGGUUCUGUUGGUGUGUGUGUGUGUGUGGGGGGGGGGGGGGGGGGUGAAUGAAUGACAGUCCCAUGUAACCCUUUUUAACUUCCUGGUGUUGGGUCUAGAUAAACAGGAGCACAUCUGAUCUGGACUAUAAUCAACAGUGUGGGUGAACUUUGCUACAUCAACACAGCUCGACCCCCCCCCCCCCCCCCCCCCCCGAGCCCUGCACUGAGUCCUUGUCUUAUUGUGUUUUCAUCGCCUCUGCUCAAAAAAGCAGACGCCUUGAGCUCAUAACGGUGCUAUUGUGAAACAGACCCACUCAGAUGCGCCACCACUGAGACACAAAGUGUUGGAGGAGAACCACCACCAAGAGAAAACACAACAACAACAACAACAUUCCUGUCGGAUGUGGGGGCUCAGUUCAUUUUCACGGUAGAAAUGGUAACCCGCGUGUCUUUGUUGUGGUUUCCCUCCCACUCGACAAGCAGCUACACAACAAGCUGUCCUGCACUUGCCUACUUUAGAGCUGUCCAUAGAAACGGCACCAAAACCCAACGGCGACGAUGAAAGUCCAAACGACAGCCAUCUUUGGAUCGGACGUCCCUCCUCUUUCCAGCAGUAAGAAGCAAUAAGUCAGUUUGAAAAUCCUCCUCCUCUCUCUCUCUCUCCUCCCCUAAAGACUGUGUUACCGUCCAAAAAGCAGAUUUAUUUUUUGUUUCUGUUUUGUAUAUAGAAAUAGCUUAAUGAAUUAAACCUUAAAAAGGAGAUUUAAAAAAACAAAAACAAGUUAGAGCUCAUGGAUAGAACUAUUGCCUCCGUUGCUGUUUGACCUGUGUUUAUCGUGUGUUUUAAAUUCCAUUUUUGGAAGGACUUUACCCUCUUUAGACUGGCUGUGGAUGGGUAAUAAACACUAUUAGUUUGGCUCAGUUUGCAGGUGGAAACCUUUUUUAAGUCACUCAUCCUGCUGCUGCGCUGAUAAGAAAAAGGAAAGUUACUCUUUAAUGUGAUUUAAAAAAAAAAACAAUAGAGCAACUUGCCUUCCUGUUGUGGAUAAUCGACCCAUUAUGACUUUUGAUGAGUUUAUGUGGCACUCUUUAUAUUUAUUUGACUUAUUUUCUCUCCUGUUUAUAAUAUUCAUGAACGGGGGGGGGUCUUUGUAUUUGGCAUUCCACUGGUGGUCAGGUGAUCUGAAGAGAAGUGUGGGGGGGCAAGAAAGCUGGUUGUAUAAAUGUCAACCUUCAACUCCACUGGCAUUAAGAAUUGCACUUCAGCCACAGGUCUCUGUAUUUGUUUUCAUUUUAUUUUCACUUUCCUUUCCCUCAUGGAUCCCACAUGAAUCCUUUUGUAUGUGAAAGAAAAAAAAUAUAUAACACCUCCCUUUUUAAAUAUUUAUUUCUAAAGAAGACGAGCUGUGGGGAAAAAGAAGUUAACUUAUUUUGGUUCUGUCUUACUUUACUCCUCUUUUUGAUGCUUAUAUAUUCCUCAUUCCUUAUUUUAAGAAUUGUAUAUUUGAUGGCUUAUUGUCGAUGUUUUGGGGGGUGGGGGGGUGGGAGGGGAUAUGAAAUGUAGCCAUUUUGUUUUUUUGUUUUUCGGAUAUUUUAUUCAAUGGACACUUGAAAUGUAAUUGGCCCCUGAGCUGCUCCUAGUGCUGAGCCCCCGCCUGUCUAGAGUCGCCUUGUCCGGAGCUGCGCCCCCCCCUCAAACAACACGCUAUGCCCUUAUCACAAACUCUAACCCAAAACAACCAGGUGGGCCAUCCGCAGCCCCGUGUGGUAGGAGGUGAAACAUUAUUCUGCCAGGUUGUGUUUGGGUCAGUACUGAAAGGGCCCGGGGGGGGGAGGGGGUGACCUCUGCACAAGGCUUAUCAAUAGCCAAGACUUUACUGGCAAAUACUGAGCCAGCUACUACACAAUUAAAGGGGUCUCAAACUCCACUUUCCUCUGUUGGAAGGAUUCUAGUCUCUAUUAGACUUAGUUGACAAAAUGUGUCUUACAUUUACAAUCCAAUGCCUCCAACUGAGGAUUCAAAGAAACAAUAAAGAAACAGAACAAAUACUUUGGUUUUUCCUCUGAAGGACAUCAGUAAGUGUGGAGUUUGACAUGCACGCUCUUCACAGAGCUGUGUUGAGGUCUUGAGGACUUGGCACUGAUUCAGAAAGUCAUCGUUUCUUUUGCUUGAUCAUAUGAGGAAAAAAAAGAAUAUGCCAAAACCACCUCAGAACACCUCAGUGUCCUCUCUCUCUUCAUCUCUCUCUGAGGGAAAGUUUACAUGUAUUCUUCCCCUGUUUGAGUUCUAAACCUUUGUUUUCAUCUUCAUACGUUGGUUUUAUGAACCCGCACAGCUGACAGGAAUAAAAGGGUCCGGGUUUGACCGCAAAGUC